AUGCGGCCUUCGGGGCACCCCGCUGCCCGGGUCCAGGAGGGGGGACUGGGGGGGUUUGGUGGAGGGCUGGUCCCCGAGCCCUACGACAGCUUCAUGCGCAGCCACCUGCGCUACUACGGCUACUUCCGAGGCCAAAAGACGGGCAGACAGAAGAGCCCCAUGUCCCCGGGGAGCCCUUCCAAGCAGCACCCCACCGAGGCGCCCGGCACGGGCAGCACCGACCCCGGCUGCCUGGCGGGUCCUGGGCAGGAGCCGAGCCCCCCUGGGGUGCCAGAGCCGUCCCCCCGCCAGGGCACGCCGGUCCCCUCGGCGCGGUGCCGUGCAUUCCCGGGGAAGCCGCGGGCUCUCUUCGCCCUUCCCUCGGCGCGGGGCCCCCUGCCCGCUCCCCGCUGGCCCGUCGAGUGCGAAGUCAUCGAGGAGACGAUCGAGCACAUCGAGUGGGUCCCCCCUGAACCGGAGCCCUUCUGCCGGCCCACGGGCCCUGAGCAGGCCCCGGCCGCCCUCGGCGAGGAGCAGGGCACCGUCGUCUACCACCUCAGCCCAGCACCCCAAGGCUCCUGCUUCACCCGUGCUCGGGUUGGGGGGGCCCCAGGCCCACCCUCCUCGCCGGCAGCUGCCCUGGCAGGCCCCGAGGACACCACGCUGCUCUUCGAAUCCCGCUUCGAGAGCGGUAACCUGCAGAAAGCCGUCAAGGUGGGUCCCUACGAGUACGUGCUGACGCUGCGGCCGGACCUGUACACCGCCAAGCACGCCCAGUGGUUCUACUUCCGCGUCCAAAACACCAGGCGAGACCCUCUCUACCGCUUCACCAUCGCCAACCUGGCAAAGCCCAAGAGCCUCUACGGUGAGGGCAUGCGCCCGCUGCUCUACUCCCAGCAGGAUGGCCGGAGCCGCGGCAUCGGCUGGCGCCGGGUCGGGGCCAACAUCCGCUAUUACCGGGGCAGUGGUGGCGGCGGGGAGGAGCCAGGUGCCUUCUGCCUCUCCUGGACGGCACGCUUCCCCCACGACGGUGACACCUGCUUCUUCGCCCACUCCUACCCCUACACCUACUCCGACCUGCAGCGCUACCUGCGGGCGCUGGCAGGCGACCCGGUGCGCUCGCGGUACUGCGCGGUGCGGGCGCUGUGCCGCAGCCUGGCCGGCAACACCAUCUACCUGCUGACCAUCACCAGCCCCGCCGGCGCGGCGGCCAAGCGGGCGGUGGUGGUGAGCGCCCGCGCGCACCCUGGGGAGAGCGGUGGCUCCUGGGCCAUGCAGGGCUUCCUCGACUUCCUCCUCAGCGCCCACGCCGAUGCCCGGCUCCUGCGCCGGCUCUUCAUCUUCAAGGUGGUGCCCAUGCUCAACCCCGAUGGGGUGGUGGUGGGCAACUCCCGCUGCUCCCUGGCGGGCCGGGACCCCAACAGGGCUUACGGGACGGCGCUCCGUGGCUCCUUCCCCGGCGUGUGGCACCUGCGGGCCAUGGUCGAGAGGGUGCUGGUGGAGCGGGAGGUGGUGCUGUACUGCGACUUCCACGGGCACAGCCGGAAGAACAACGUCUUCAUGUACGGCUGCGACGGCGGCGGGGCCGGCGCCAGGCUGCGGCUGCGCCAGCGCGUCUUCCCCCUGAUGCUGAGCAAAAAUGCCCCCGACAAGUUCUCCUUCCCCAGCUGCAAGUUCAAGGUGCAGAAGAGCAAAGCGGGGACAGGCAGGGUUGUCAUGUGGCGCAUGGGCGUCUCCAACAGCUACACCAUGGAGGCGGCCUUUGGCGGCUCCACGCUGGGCGGGAGGAGCUCACACUUCACUGUGGAGGACCUCAAGUCAUUGGGCUACCACCUCUGCGACACCCUGCUCGACUUCUGUGACCCCGAUCCCGCCAAGUUCCAGCAGUGCCUGUCGGAGGUGGACGCACUGCUGCGGCAGCGGCUGGGCCGGGAGCCGGGCUCUGGCAGCAGCUGGAGCGACGUCUCCCCCUCGGAGCUCGAGUCCAGCACCAGUGGCUCUGACAGCUCCGUGUCCGAUGGGCCCCCAGCUCACCUCUGCGGCCCAGCAUGGCCGCUGGAGCAACAGAGGAGGAAGCGGCUGCGGAGCCGGAGAGCGAGGAAUGCCCUGCAUCGGACAAACGCUGUCUACCGGAGCCAUGCCAGUGUCCCGGUGAGCCUGGGCCCAUGA